AUGGUAAAAUGUUAUGAAGUGAAUGAGAAUGAUAAAUGCAAGGAAUGCAAUUAAUUAAAAUCAUAGUUAGAUUGUGUAAAUGUGAAAUUUGAAAAUAGUUGUGAAUGGAUAAAAGAUUCUGAAAAAGGGAAUGGAAAAUGUUAAAAGAGAGAAGAUAAAGGUGGUAGUAUGAUAAUAGAUUAUAAAUCAUACUGUGAUUUAAUAAAUGAGAGUGAUAAGAAUUGUAGAUUAACAAAUGGUUGUGCUUAUGUAAAUAAGAAAUGUGUAGUAUUUGGUGGUUGUUCAGCAUUUGAAUAUCCAUGGACAUAAGAAUGUUAAGGAGUAUCUUAUUAAUGUAUUAGUAAUGGGAAAUAAUGCAUAAAUAUAAGUGAUUGCAAAGAUUAUACUGAAGCCAAAUGUGAAAUAUAACCAAGUUAAUCAGGUAUAAGGAGAUGUAAAUGGGAUAAAUUGAAUAAUAUUUGUAAGGAUUAUUAGUGUUCUGAUAGUGAUGAUAAAUUAAUAACCGAUAUUGAAUGUGAUUAAUGGUUAAAAGGAUGCAUAACAAGAGGAAUGGGAUGUUGGGAUUCUCCAUUACCAUAAUGUUCAACCUACAGAGGAAAUCAAAAUACAUGUAGUAAAUAUAUUGGUUCAGAUGGUUAUUGUGAAUUAGGUAUAGAUGAUAUAUGUCAAUCUAAAAAAUGUGAAAAUGCUCCAAUUAAAUAUAAUAAUGAUCUUGAUUGCUAAAAAUAUUAAGUAGGAUGCAUUACUAAUGGUAAAGGAUGUAUUUUUGCAAAAAUUAGACCUUUAUGUUAAACCUAUAUGGGAGAUAAAUAUACAUGUCAAGGUUAUAUUGGAAUUGAUGGAAUUUGUCAAGGUGAUGAAAAUGGAAUCUAUUGUAGAAAUAAAAAAUGUUAAGAUGCUCCUAAAUUUAAUACUGAUCAACUUUGUAAAGAAUAUUAAUCAAAUUGUAUAACUAAUGGUAUUUCAUGUGUUUCAGAAUUAUAACUAUGUGAAAAUUAUUAUGGAAAUUAAAAAGAAUGUUUUACAUAUAUUGGAAAAGAUGGAAAAUGCAAAGGAUAAGAAAAAGUUAAAGAAUCAUAAUCCUAAUGUACAUUAAGAAUUUGUAAUGAUGCACCAAUCAAUUUAAAUACUGAUAUAGAUUGUAAUCUAUAUUAAAAUGGAUGUGUUACAACUGGAUUUGGAUGUAUUCUUUUUUAAGAUAGAAAAUCCUGUUCAAGUUAUGAAGGAAAUUCCGAAAAGUGUUUAAAUUUUGUUGGAAUAGAAGGAAAUUGUAUGUGGUAAACUGGAAAUAAUUGUUCACCUAGAAAUUGUAAAUCAGCACCUAUUGAAUAUUAUUCAAAAUGUUCUAAUUGGUUGAAAGAUUGUGUUAGUACACAAAAUGGUUGUGUAAUGAAAACAGAAUGCCAAUAUACAAUCCAUUAAAUUAGCUGCGAACUUACAGAUGGUUGCUUUUGGUAAUCUAAUUGUAAUAAUAAUACUGAUUGUUCUUAUUAUACUAAGGAAUCUAUUUGUAUUUCAAAUACUGCUAAUUUAAUUGUUAAUGGAAUCAUAAAUCAAAUAAAAUGUGUAUGGUCAUAUAAUCAAUGUAGAUAAUUACAGUGCUAUGAUUUGAUAGGCUAAAUAUAUAAAGAAGAUAUUAAUUGCUAAAAAUAAAUAACUACUUGUAUUAGUGAUAGAAAGAAUUCUUGUAUCACUAAGUAUGAUUGUUCUAAAUUAACUGGAAAUUAAUAAACUUGUCUUUCCUAUCAAGGCUAUUGUACAAAUCUUUAAAAUUCUGAUGAGACAACUCCUUGUAUUCUUAGAUAAUGUAAUGAUAAUUUAGAUUUAACAACAAAUGAGUAAUGUAAUAAUUUCUUACCUGGAUGUGUAAGUAAUGGAAAAGGCUGUGUAGAAUAUGAAACUUAAUGUUCUUAAAUGUAAGGCACCUAAAGUAUAUGUAGUUAAUAUUUUGGGUAUUUUAGUGGAUCUCCUUAGAAUUUUAAAACAAUUUAAUGCUAUAAUCAUAUUUACGCACAUGAAUCAGACUAUUGUUUGAAUAAGAGUUGUGAUAUGGCAUAAAAUAUGGAAAAUUAAGAUUAGUGUGAUUAAUUUUUAAAAGGUUGUGUUUAUAAUGGUAAUGGUGGUUGUUUAGAUCCUUAAUAGGCUAAUUGUGACAGUUAUUAUGGAGAUGAAAAUUUUUGUGAAUAAGCAAUAGUUGGUUAAAAUAAAAUAAAAUAUUGUUUUGGCACAUAAAUUAAAAGUUAAUGUGUUAAAAGAGAGUGUUGGCAUAAAAAUAUUGCAUAUUCAGAUUAUGAAUGUGAAUAAUUUCGUUCAGGAUGUUUACUAUUAAAUUAAACUUGUGUUGAUCAAUCUACUAAAUUUUGUAAAGAUUAAUAAGGAACUGAAGAUAGUUGUUAAACUCUUUUUGGUGGAAUCUAAAUUUAUAAUUAAUGGACUAAAAUAUAAUGUUUGAAAAAGUUCUAAUGUUAAGAAAGAUAAUGUGGAGAUAUAAUUAAUCCUAAUAAUUCUUAAGAUUGUAUUAAUUACAAAUCAACAUGCAGAUUUUUCAAAGUAAAUCAUCCUUGUAUUAAUGCUAAUGAAUGCAAUAAAUAUUCUAUUCCAGAUACAGCUACUACAGAUUAAUAGAAGUUUGAUUACUGUGUUAAUAUAAAAGAUCAUAUGGGAUGGUAUUGUGGUUGGAAUCAAUUUUAAAAAUCAUAUUGUAGUCUAAGAAGCUGUGAUUAGUUUUAAUAUACAUCAAAUUUCGAUUGUUCUACUUUUAUUUAGAGUUCUAAAACAACUGGAUCUGAAACAUGUAAAUGGAAUGGAUCUACUUGUUAUGCUAUUAAGAAUGAUUGUGCCUAUUCUAUUCCAAACAAUCAAUCAAAUUAUUCUACUAAUUAUAAUUACUGUAUAUCAUUUCAAAAUAAUUAAGGAAUUCAAUGUUCUUAUGCUAUUGGUAAUUCUACUUGUAGUUAUUAAGAUACUUGUGAAAAGAUUGUUAAUCAUAAAGAUGCAAAAACAUGCAAUGAUUUUUUGUAAUAAAAUGGCUAAUGUUAAAAGGGCAAAAACUCUUAUUGUUAUACAACAUCGAAUGAUUGCACUAAUUAUUAAUUCCCUUAGUUAUAUACAUAUAAUUAAAAACUAGAACUUUGUCUAAGUUUAAAAAUAAUAGAUGAUUCAAUUUAAUUAAAUGUUACCUACAAAUCAUGUACAUAUAUUGAAGGAUCAAAAUGUUCAAAUAUUAAUAAAUGUGAAGAUAUUAAAUCAGCUAAUUCUUAAAAAGAUUGUGAUAAACAUUUAAGUGAUUGUCUCUAUUUUGAGAAAUAAUGUUAUUCUUAAGUAUAUUCAUGUUAUAAUCUAUUAUUUCCAAAAGGAAUAACAUCUGAUACUAUGAAAUCUUUAUUUUGUAGUAGUAUGAAAGAUAAUAAUUCAUAUUGUUCUCUAAAUUAAGACAAGAUUGGUUGUGAAGUUAAACCAUAUACUAAUUGUAAUGAAAUUACUUAAGUUUUAUAAAUUCCUUCAUAAUGGGAUUAAUAAUCUACAAAUAUGGAUCAUUUUUGUCUUGCUCAUAAUGAUAAUACAAGAACUAUCUAAUGUAUUAAUGAUGGUGGAAUCUAAUGUAAAGCAGGGACAUGUGAAGAUAUUCCAUCUCCUUUAAAUUAAAAUGAUUGUGACAAUCAUAUUAUAGGAUGUCUAUAUUUCUUAGGCAAAUGUUUAACAAAUUUUUAAUUGUUGAAUGAUCAAGAAUGCCAAGAUACUUCUAAAAUUCCCUUUCCUCAACAAAUAAUCAAUCUAUCUAUUAUUUAAAAAAUUGAAUAUUGUUAAUUGUUUAAAAGUUCUGAUAAUAGUCGUAGGUGCACUUAUGAUGAAAAUAAUGGUGUUUAAAAUAAUUGUACAUUUCUUUAUGCAUUAUGUCCAGAUUACAUUAUACCAGAUAAUGUAACAGAUAAAAAACUUUAUUGUUUAACAAAAACGAAUAUAUAUGGUUAUACUUGCAGAUUAUUUGAGAAUCAUUGUAGAGAUAGCAAUUGUGAGGAUGCAAUUAAUCCAGAAUCAUAACUUGAUUGUGAUACUUUGGUGUUUUAAAAAUAGUGCAAAUAUUUAUAAGGAACUUGUUAUAACUUUUAGAAUGUUUGUAGUAAUAUACCAGCUAUAAAAUAGAACUCUAAACAAUAUUGUGAAUAAUUAAUGCUUGAUAAAGAAAGAUGUACCUAUGGAGGAGGGAAUUAUUGUGUACAAAUAACUAGUUGUGAGUAGUAUAAUGUAUCAGCAGAAACUGAUAAAUUAAAAAUAUGCAAUGAAUUACAUGAUGUAAAUUAUAAUAAUUGCACUUAUAUAUGGGGUGAUAAUUGUAUAACUUAGAAAUCUUGUUCAGAAUAUGAUGGUAAUAUUGAUAAUCUAAGAGGACCAUAAUUAGACUAAGAAAGAAUAUAAUGUUAUUCGGUUAAAUCAAUAUAAAAUAUCAGUUGUGUAUAGGAUGAAAGUCAAACUAGAAAAUGUAGAGAUUAGAAUUGUGAAGAUAUUUUAUAUGAAUAAGAUUGUGUUAAUUAUAUUUUAGGAUGCAUUUAUUAUAAUUUUAAAUGUUUUUAAAAAAAAGAAUGUUAUUAGUAUUAAACUUAAGGUGAUAAUGAUGAACAGAAAAAAUAGUGGUGUGAAGGAGUAUAAAAUAUAAAUGGAAUUUAUUGUAAGUGGAAUAAUAAUAUUGGAUGUUAAGAUAGAAGUUGUAAUGAUGUUCAAUAUUACUCAGAUUUUGACUGUCAAAAAUACCUAUCUAAAUGUAAAACAGAUGGAAUUAAAUGUAUUGAUUAGAAUUUAUCUUGUAAUUAAAUAAGAGUUAUCAAACCAUUAUGUUCAAGACUUUUGAAUUCUAAUGGUAAAGAUAAAUGCAAAUCUGAUGAACUUAGUUCUAAUAUUGGAUAGUGUGAUAAUAGAACAUGUUAUGAUAAUAUUAGUGCUACUACUGAUACAGAAUGUAAUGAAUUUAUGCGUGGAUGUGUGACAAGAGGAUUUGGAUGUAUUCCUAAUAGUGAACCUUGCACAUCAUAUCGAGGUACAUAAACAGAAUGUGAAUAAUUCAAAUAUUUGAUAAAUAAAGAGUAUAUAUAUUGUUCUGGAUCUAAAUUAAAUAUAUCAACUAGCAUAUGCAAAGAAAGAAUAUGUUCAGAUAAUACAGUUGCAGUAUCCAAUUAAGAAUGUUAAGAUUAUUUAAAAGGAUGUUUAACAAAAGGAGUUGGAUGUAUAUCAGAAUCAGCUUGGUGUUCAGAAUAUUAAGGAAAUUAAGUUAUUUGUUCUUAAUUUCGAGGAAAUUUUGGAAGAGAUCUAUGUUAUAAUAAUAAUUCCUCAGGAUUAUAAUCUACAUGUAUAAAAAAAGAAUGUUAUCAUAUAAAUGGUAUAGAUAAUCAAUCUUGUAAUGAUGGUUAUGAUUAACUUACUUGUGUAUAUGAUGGAACUAAAUGUAUUAGUUAUGGAAUGAAAUGUUCUUAUUUUAAAGGUAAUCAAAAUAGCUGUUCUAAAUAUAUUGCAAUUGAUGGACCAUGUAAAGCAACUAGCUUAGAUGAUUUUAUAAUUAGUAAUUGUACCUAACGUAUUUGUAGUGAAGCACCUAAUACAUUAUAAACUGAUAUAGAUUGUUACACAUAUCAUCCAUCAUGUUAUACAACUGGAUAUGGAUGUACAUCAAUUAAAUAAUGUGAUUAUUUAAUAACUUAAACAGCUUGUUAACAUAGAAAAGAUUGUUCAUGGACACAUUUCUGUAAUCAAUAAUAUGAAAAAUGUGAUUAGAUUUAAGAUGCUAAUUAUUCUAUUUGUUUUAAUUCAAAAGUCAAGAAUCAAUAAUGUUCAUACAAUGAGAAUUCUAAUCAAUGCAGAUCAUAAAAUUGUGAAGAUUUACCUCAUUAUAUAACAUCUCAUGAUUUAUGUAAUUAAUUAAAUUAAAAUUGUACAACAAAUGGAAUGGGAUGUAUUCUAUAAGGUUUAUGUUCUUAAUAUACAUCAGAACCUAUUUGUUUUUAUGCUAAAGGAAAAUAAAAAUGUAUCUGGGAUUAAAAUAAUAAAGUUUGUAGAGAUAUGAAAUGUUUAGAUUUUCACGGUAGAACUGAUGCUGAAUGUGAAUAAUAAAUGAGUGGAUGUCUUACAGAUGGUACUAAAUGUAUUAAUGGUCAAUCUUGUAAUGAAUAUUCAAACUAAAAUUAUUGUAUUCUCUCUAAAACAGGACCUUGUUUAUGGGUUUAAAAUAAAUGUAUUAAUUUUACUAAAUGUGAAGAUGCUAAAAUGACAACUUUUUAAGAAUGUUAAUUAAUAUCAUCAUAAUGUACAACAAAUAGUUUUAAUUGUAUUCCAAUAACAUAUUGUUCUUAAUAUUUAAAUAAAGAAUCUUGUAUAUAUGGAUUAGACUAAAUUUGUGGAUGGAAUGAAACAUGCUAAAAAUUUAAAGCUUGUUCGGAUCUUAAAUCAUAUGAUACUGAUACUUGUAGAAUAUAUCAUAAUACUUGUAUAUCAGAUGGAACUUAAUGUAUUCAAUAAGCUUAGAAAUGUUCUUAAUAUAUAACAGCUUACGCAUGUUCUAAUCCUUCUACAGAAGGACCAUGUAUUUGGAAUUCAAAGUCUUUAGUUUGUAAUUCAAAAUAAUGUAAUGAUUAUACAUAUUCCACUCAUACUGAAUGUUAAUAUAACAAUCCUUAAUGUAUAACAAAUGGAACUAAAUGUAUUUAAUUAUCAAAAUGUUCUUCAUAUGAUUAACUUUCAUGUUAUAAAGGAACUGAUGGCUUAUGUAUUUAUAGUUAUCCUCUUGAUGGUAGUACUUCUAUUAAAUUUUGUAGACCUAAAGAAUGUUAAGACAUAUUCUUUGCAUAAGAUAAUCAAACAUGUUAAAAUUCUUUACCAGAUAAAUAAUGUGUCUCUAAUGGUACUUUUUGUAUUCCUAAAGCAAAAUGCGAAACUUAUACAACAUUUACUGCUUGUUAAGGAGGUGGCUUAGAUGGUUAAAAUCCUCUUAUUUGUGCAUUUAUCCCUAAAGAAAAAAAUUCAUCAUUUGGUACUUGUAAACUAUUCUCAAAAUGUUCAGAUGCAGAAUAAGAUUAAAUUACUUGUAAAACUAAUCCUUCUUGUUAUUGGGAUCAACAUUCAAAUAAAUGUAUUGAUUAAACUUGUUAAACUUUUUCAUCUGGUCUAAAUUGUAAUCCAUUACCAAAUUUUGAUGGUACUAAACAUACUAUCUGUAUAUUUGAAAAUGGUAAAUGUUCAACUCUUGAGCCGAACAAUAUUUCAGAUUCUAAGGCGUGUUUUAUUAAAUCAGCUUAAACUCACACUUGGAAUUCUCUAACAAAUUAAUGUGAAAAAUGUCUUAAAGAAAGUACUCCUAAUAUUAUAGAUCAAUAUGCUAAUAUAUUUUCUGCAUUUAUAACACUGAGUUUGAUUAUUUGA